AUGUCAAAAUUUGUCAAAGAAAUUGAAGAAGCACCCAAAACAAAAAUCAUCGAACGCUAUCCUCCUGGAGUCCGCGCUCUUAAAGAAAUACGAAAAUAUCAGCAUUCAACUGACCUCCUUAUAAGCAAACCUGGAUUUGCCAGACUAGUUAAAAGUAUCUCUUAUAAUGUAACCAAAGACGACUCAAUUAAAUGGAGUAAACUUGGAAUCGAAGCUUUACAACAUACCGCUGAAGACUUCUUAGUUGGCCUUUUUGAAGAUUCAAAUCUCUGUGCCCUACACGCAAAAAGGGUUACUUUAUUAGUCAAAGACAUGCAACUCGCGAGAAGAAUCCGUGGGAGAUUUGAAAAAAUUGUUAAUAGAACUUAA